UUAUGCCCGUGGGAUUUCGGAUGUCUUUCAGUGACGUCCCUGUCUAAUUAGAUUUGAACUUUUUCGUUGCGUUUCCCACAGGGGUGCAGUUUAAUUUUAUUAAAUGCUCUUCAUUCGUAAGUCGUUCAAGCUUGAAGCCAACGAAUCGCUGAGACAGACGCGGGCCCCGAGCAGAUCUUCAUUGAGAACGGUGCUGGAAAAAUGAUGAAUGAAACCGAGGCUUUAUUUUACUAUGCCGUCUCCGUCUCAACAUGACGCAGGGCAAGCAAAGGCCAUCAGACCCCUGAAUGCCACUCCGUGCCUUAGAAUGGCCAUGCCGUCUCCAGGCAACGCAGACCUGACGCACAAGGACCCCGGCGCUCCUCCGAAAAGCGGCGCAGAGUAAAGGGAGGCGCCUCCUCAGAAGGACGACGCGGGGCUGCGCGCACAAAUGCGGAGAUAACGGCGGCGGCGCUGCUGGGAUUCACAGGUGAGCUGAGGAAACUGAGGACAAGUCAAAACGCAGAAAGCCGGCAGCCAUGACCAGACUUAGCCUAGGCGCGGAGUAAACAGAUAAUCUUCAUUAUGAUUCCCAGCCACAGCUCUGAUGGAUAUUUUUUUCCAUAUGCGUGCAGCUCUUUUUGGGACAGGCCUGAAUUCUUCAAAUUAACUUUUUCUUCAGGCUGGAAAUAAAUUCCAGGGAGAAGAUCGAGUCAGAGUGACAAGUGGAUGUGGAGGCCUGUAGUUCCAGUUCUCCUGCGUUGUGUGUGCCGAUUUGCCCACCAACUCUUUCACGUUUGCCAUUUGCUGUCCAAUUGCUUUCCGUAGACUUUGCUCCCUAAAUUGAUUUCCUGACAGGAAUAUCUCCAAUGCAAAAAGAAUGGAGCGGCGUUUGGCAGUAGCCUGAACACGGAGAAGCUGCUCAACCAAACUGUGGGGAUUGCCACCCAGGGCACCAUGUCUUGUACGACAUCCACCCCCAAAAUCACAGUGGGAGAAGCAGGAGACCGAGGUCAGGAAAGCCCAGGGCUCCCCCAGGAUGAUCAUCUCCGCAGUCUGAAGGCUCUGACGGAGAAACUGAGGCUGGAGACGAGGAGGCCCUCCUAUUUGGAGUGGAAAGCUCAACUCGAAUCUCACAAUUCCAAAGAUGCAAAGCGGCAAGGGGGGGACCCAAGACCCCAGGAAGGUCGGAGAGCCAGCGAGGGCUCCUUGGACACCUUGAUUCCUUCUAAAAGAUGUUCUGUCAGAGUGGACAGCCAGGCCAAUGGUGGUGGAAAACUUAAAGGGUUCAGCAACAUAGACGAGGCCCUGGCUUGGCUUAGAAAAGAGCUGACUGAAAUGCGCCUCCAGGACCAGCAGCUGGCCAGACAGCUCAUGAGGCUUCGCAGUGAUAUCAACAAACUCAAGAUUGAGCAAACCUGCCAUUUGCACCGUAAGAUGCUCAACGACGCCACCUAUGAGCUGGAGGAGCGCGACGAGCUGUCGGAUCUACUUUGCGACUUCCCAGUCACCCCCGGCUUCAGCCUGUCGGCUCCUCUCAAGCUUAUAGGUGUCACUAAAAUGAACAUCAACUCCCGCCGCUUCUCACUCUGCUAGCUCGCCUGUCUGCUUCAUCUCGUCACUUAGUGAGCCGAGCCGUACCUAGGCCCCACUUUGCCAUGGCAGAUCCCAAAUGUGGGCACAGCUUCGGUUUAUCAGAUUAGAUCUAAUGACUUGAUACAAUAAAGCACAAAAACAUUGAGAUGACGCUGCCCGCUUACCUCCUUCACGGCCGGCAUCAGCCUCCAGAAUCGAAUGCAUGUUUGCCCAAUCACAUCCUGGCACCCAUCCAAACCCGAGUGAUGUUAUUGUACAGCUGUCCUCAUUUCCAAAGGCUUUAAGCGAUCAUGACCCACCAGAUGAACCACUGGACAGGAUCAACUCCUUGAGCCCCUCUGCCUAGAACUCUGUGAACAGGACAGUCCAACCCAGGGGUCACUUUUUCUUUCUUUCAUUCAUCCACUAAAUCUUUCUACUUGGUCAUCUGAGGACAUAUUGGGUUUCUAGAAGAAGCUCGGCUUGACUUUGUUUGGCUCCGGCAAGAGGAGAUCUGCUGACCAUUGGCACAUCUUUUUCUUCUUCUUUCUGUCAUCUUUUUAAUAUCCAAAGCACAAUUAGCAGAUGUGACUUGAUGGGGCUUAGCCUGUCAAUACUGAGCUGUAUGGGCCACGUGUUCGUAUGCAGUCCCUCCAUGACCCUUCGACCUUUUAAUGUUGUAGCUGCCAAAGCCUUUCUGUGUAUUGCCAAUAAUGUCUGAACUAGAAGAUAGAACCCGUGGACUUGGGCAGUAGGACCAUGGAGUAACAGACCAGUAAAACUUUGCCAUCCCAUGGCUUUGUCCAGUAGAAGAACAUGGUGGGUAGCUACACUUACAAGCAUCACCUACAGCUCAAGGACCUCCAGAAAGUCUCUAGAAUGUCCUCUUGGUCCUAAAGUGGAUGUGCAGAUCUUCAGGGUGGUCCACACAUGGACACUCCCAUCGCAUUGACAAAUCAUUAACAUGUGCCUCGGAUUUACACAGUCCUGACUUGAAGACUAGAAGUUCACAUCGCUGUCUUGAGGUGGCCUGGUGCUGCUGGACCUUUGGUGUGACACAGUGGUCAAUGUUCCAGUUCCUUAUCAAAUCUCCACUAUACGCAUUUUCCGAGAGGUUGGUGACAUUUUCAACUUGGAAUUUUUUUUGCGCUGGUUCCAUGACUUUGGGGCAGAUGAACAUUUUCCGUGACUGUGAAAUAUAUAGAUGGUUCUGGUUAUUGCAGUGAUAAAUCAGCCAUUGUGUCAGCAAGUAGCAUGGAGCUGCCACAAAAUCAUCCCAAUCUUUGCUCACAAGAAAACAAAAAACUUUCUUAAAAAAUGAAUGUUAUAAGGUGUAGCAAAAUCCAGCCUACCACAAAGCAGUGCCACAAGAGCUGGUACCCGCCAUUUGUAUUUGCCAGCUUCUCAAUCUAGUAGCUCAAAAAACUUUGUAAACUGUUGUAUAUUACAAGUGAAUGUGGAAGAGGAAGCACAUCAAUCAACUUCAUGCAAACAGCUGUAAGAAAGCACAUUAUAGACGAGUUUGAAAAAUGAAUUAACAAAGGAUAAAUGCUAAACAUAUUGGGGAAGGGGAUUGUGGUUAAAGUUUGCGUAAAAGUCUAAAAAAUAUGGCAAAUAAUUGUAUUCCAAAUAUUUAAAUACAUCGCAAAAAUUGGCAUUGACCAAUAGAACUUUAAAAAAUUUAAAGCUACCUGCAUUUAUAAAUCAGCAAAGGCCUAUGCCACCUCUUACACUAGACUAUAAAACUGACAAGAGAAAAAUACAAGAGACACACAAAAAUCAUCAUUGACAGAUAUAACAGAAUACACCAGCCUAUAAAAAGUGACCAGCGCUUAAAAAUCAGGAAGGGCCUAUGCUUCCUUUUACACUAGACUAUAAAACUAGCAAGUAGAAAUACAAGGGAGGAGGGACCCUGAAAUUUCAAAAAUUGUCAUUGGCAGAGAGAACAUCAUGCAUCAUUCUAACAAGAGUUUCAAGUGACCUGCAUUUAAAAAUCAGGAAAGGCCUCUGUUUCCUCUUACACUGGACUAUAAUUCUGGCAGGUAGAAAUACAAGGGGGAUCCAAAAAUCGGCAUUGGAUGAUACAACAUCAUACACUUGCUUAUAAAAACAUUAUAGUGACAAACCCCCCCCCCCUCCUCCCCCCACUCCUUGAGAUGCCCAUUCCUGUUAACAUUUCCUGCAAUUUACUGGAAUCUCCUGUUUGUUUGUUUUUUCCUUAAAUGUCUUCCAUGGUAGCAAGUUUUUCUUCCCCUCAAUCUCAGAUUUAAUGUUGGAAAUACAAAAAAAAAUGCAGUCACAGGGAGUGAGUUCGGGAGAAUAUGGAAGGUGUGAAGCAGCAACCAUGUUGUUUUUAGUCUAAAACUCUUUGACUGACAACCUAGUGUGUGUGUAGGUGCAAAAUGCAGUUUUGGGUGCACCACUUCUCCGAACCGUUUGUGUCGAAAAAACACAAUCAUCAUUGUCUCAUGGAAAUCUGCCAUGGUGGCUUGGUGAAUUGUGGAAUAAACAAAGUCCACACGUGAUCAACUUUUUUCUGUGGUGGCACUCUUUUUGUAACCAGAAACAUCCCAAAGCACACCACUGUCCCACUAAGCACAAACACAUUGUGUCUAAUACAUGUGCUCAUCUAUAAUAAUAAUAAUAAUAGGGGUGAGACUACCAUAGAAGCCGGUCAAAAUGCAUCCCUCCGAGAUUGGCAUUCACAAACAUGGCACUUAGUGAGCACUUGGGUGGCAUCUCCCAGCUACUUUGUCCCACUGCCCGCCCCAUGGCCACUAUCCAUUGGCCCGGUGAAACUCACUGGUGACUACACCCACACAGACAGAUGAACUCCAGUAGCCAGGAGACGUGUCCAAAGUGCUCUAAGUGCCGUAUCUGCAACGUAGAGAUCAGCGCUGCUUUUAGGCCAGCUAUUUCACUUAGUUCUGUCCUCCACACACGGGUCUUGACCACCCGCAGAGCUUGUUCCUCUGAAAUUCAGACCCAGGUGUGCCACACUAUUAUUUCCACGGCACACCAGUUGAAAAACAGACUGUAGGCAUACGAUUCCAGGCAGCAUAUUUGAUAACUACACCCGACUCCCGUGCUACCAACCAAUUUUAGGAAUUUUUGGUGUCACCCCUUGAAGUAGCUCAGAUAUUUAACCACAGUGAACUACGAUACAUCCUUGACUUCACUGAACAAAUCUGUAGCAAGUGAUGGCGUUUCAAACAUCCAACUACAACAUGCAGUGAUAGGCGGCAUUACGCAAUAGACCAACAGCCAAGCCUCGGGUCUAACGACAAUGUUUCGAUAUUUUAAGGGAUAAUAGUUUGCACCAUUCCACACCAGUCAUUUUCAAAUGAUCUGCAACCAUUUUUCUUCCAGUGUGAAAAUGCUUGGUAAAGUUUGUUCUGAACAAAGGAUAAGUCAAAUUUCCACUCCUAAAAUUCAACGGCUUGGGUUUGUGGUGGCCAGUGAGCCUCUGGAAGGAUCCUGGCUUAUGAAAUUGGGGAAAACGAGUGCAGAUGGUGUUAUCUCAGACACCAAAUUUGCAGCACGAUGUAGAACCACACAGGGGUGAGGCUACAGGUAGACCUAGAUCACCCAAUCAGAUGCCAGCCCCUUCCCUAAAAUGCAUCCGUGUGAUCUAUGUAAAUCCAAAGGAGACUCCCUCACCCCAAACCUUUGAUCAGUCAUCAGUUAAUUGAGCCGCUCACUUUAUAUGACCACCACUGGACAUUCAAUCUGUCAUCAAUGAAUGGAGCCAUUCUAAUCUUCAAGGGGAGACCACCUCAGACCCAACCCUGACCACCACCACCACCAGCCCCACUUUGCAAUUUCUGGCUUCAGCCCUGGGUGGAACCAGUGGUGUGAAUGUGCAGACAGGCCAUGUAUGAGACAGAUGAGGGUGCAUAAACCACAUAGAAGGAGGGCGGCCGAGGAAGGAGACAGCAGUUUCAGCUGUGGAAUCUCCUUUAGGGAGCUUGUUUUCCAAGCAAUGGCAAGAAGGUAGGUGUGAAAAAUCAGCCAAAAGUAUCAUAUGCUCAAAACAAAGACAAAGUCCAUGAGUAAGCAAAUGUUCAUAAAAGGCAAAACAAUAACAACCUAAAAUCCAGAACUUGGGAGCACUGAACAUGAGAUGUUCAAUUCUAACCCUAACCCUAACCCUAACUCUUCCCUCAUGUUAAAAAAGCAUAAUUAACGUUGCAUACCAAGUGACACUGCGAGGAGGAGGAGGAGCAACAAGUAGGCAAAAGGGAGGAGCUAAGGUUGGAGAAAAAAAAAUGCCGCUUAAGAGAGAGGCUGGGGAGGGGUAAGGGGAGGAGCUGUGGGUGGAGCCAAAGCCUACUCUCGUCACCACAGAACCAGAUGGGCCUGCAGCCACAGUAGGCCUGCUGGUGCUGGUCACCAGGCUCGAAAACGCCUCCUGCAACACAGUAGCUACACAAUUCCUUACACUCUGGGCUUUUCUCUAUUUAAUUCCAUUCUGGCGGCCAUCUUUUGUGUUUUUG